UUUUCAGGAGAUGAAGCCAAGAUGAACAAAACCACAAUGUCUGUUGUAUCUCCAAGGUCAAGAGGAUAUCUGAAUAUCACCCAAAGGCUAAAAGCUACAGUUUAAUGUGGUCUUUCCACGCAGGGAAGUGGCUUCUACUUCGGAGAAAGUGAGGCAACACAGCAGUGCGCGCAGUCGGAGCUCGAGUGCGCUCCCGACAAGAGGAGAGCACUUUACCAGCGAUUGACGCAGCUGCGUAAAGGGACCGACGGCGUUUGGCAUUAAACAGAAGGCGCAGGAUGGAGCGCCCAACUGUGACCGUCAGCGAUUUCUCUUUGAUUGUGGACAACACAAGCUUUAUGGAGGAAGCAGCGAGACUUGUGUCGAACAUGAGCCGAGGCGGCGAGCAGAAGGUGGUGAGAGGCAGUGCUGCGGUCGCUAUAGCUGUGUGCAUCACCGCGCUCUACUCCGUUAUCUGCGUCGUGGGGCUGUUCGGAAACAUUCUGGUUAUGUACGGUGUGGUCAGGUACACAAAGAUGAAGACAGCCACCAACAUUUACAUCUUUAAUCUGGCGUUGGCUGAUGCUUUGGCGACCAGUACUUUACCGUUCCAGAGCGCCAAAUAUCUCAUGAGGUACUGGCCUUUUGGGGAGCUCUUGUGUAAAGUGGUAAUCGCUAUCGACUACUACAAUAUGUUCACCAGUAUUUUCACAUUGACGAUGAUGAGCGUGGACCGAUACAUCGCCGUGUGCCAUCCAGUGAAAGCCCUGGAAUUUCGCACGCCCGCCAAGGCAAAGGUCAUUAAUAUCUGCGUGUGGAUUCUGUCAUCGGCCGUUGGCAUCCCGGUAAUGGUCAUGGCUGUCACUGUCACUGACAAAGAAAAAACAAUCUGCAUGCUAAAAUUUCCAGACCCAGACUGGUAUUGGGAUACCGUGACCAAGAUCUGCGUCUUCAUUUUCGCCUUCGUGGUUCCCGUCUUGGUCAUCACCGUCUGCUACGGGCUGAUGAUCAUUCGCCUCAAGAGCGUGCGUUUGCUCUCCGGCUCUAAAGAGAAAGACAGGAACCUUCGGCGCAUCACUCGCAUGGUGUUGGUGGUGGUGGCGGCCUUCAUCAUUUGCUGGACCCCCAUUCAUAUCUUCAUCAUCAUCAAGACUGUGGUGGAGAUCGAUAAAAAGAAUCUGGUUGUGGUCGCCUGCUGGCAUCUUUGCAUUGCUCUGGGCUACAUGAACAGCAGCCUCAACCCCGUCCUGUACGCAUUCCUAGAUGAAAACUUCAAGAGGUGCUUCAGAGAUUUCUGUUUGCCGUUUCGCUCCCGCAUGGAGCAGAGCAGCUUUUCAAGAGCCCGUAGCGCCACCAGGGAGCCCAUCUCGGUUUGUGCCAAGACAGUGUCAAGGAAGCGGACCACCUGACUAGACCUGGACCAGAUGCCUUCGAGUACAGAAGCAAGGACGCAGAAAGACCUACAGACUGAGGUCACUCAGAUUUCUACCACCGAGUUUUAGAAACCAUCUGAGGUUAAUACGAAGUUAAAACAGCAAGCGUAUACCCAAGGCAAAUGGUCUUUAUGGAUUAUCAUUACUAUCGCAAAUUAUAACUGCCAAUUGUUUCUCAUUCUACACUUAUCUGAGUGGCAAACUCUGUGAAUGGCUCUAAAAUGAUCUCAUAAGUGGGGGAAAUACGAUAAGUUUGGGCCAUUAUGGUUGUAAACAUUGAUUGGAUGGACAUCAAAGACGUGGCCUUAAAUGGUCAACAGGAAGUCAACAUUCAUUAGUGGUACAUGAGCCAUCAAACUGGAUUCGAAAUGAAAUUUUCAAUUUUCAUUGAAAGUGGGGGACCAUGUAACUGAAACGUUAUUGUACUGGGCUUAGAUCACCGAUUCCACAAAUUGAGUUUCCAAAACGUCUAAAGAAGCGGCAAGAUGGAUCUUUUCAUUUAAAGAGACAAGCACGCUGUAUUCACCGAACAUUCAGUCUCUGUUUAGCAAAAUGCACAGAAGCUUUUUUCCUCCACAAACCCGAGGAUAAAGAAAUGUGGAGGAGGUGUGUCGGACACGGCAUAUGGACGGUCACGGAUCUGAAUUCUCAAGAAUUUAUUUGCAUGCUGGCUAGUGGCUUCUAUAUGGAUAACAGGGUUAACUCCCUCAGGAUGGCUGUUAAUACUGUUAUACAGAUUAAUAACACCGUUUUUGGUCCUUGAUGAGUUGUCAUUGUAGUGAAUAUGUGCUACUUGUGAAGGAUUUUUAUGACCACUAUGAACUACAACUGUGUGGAGCAGUGUGCUUCAUGAAUAUGGUAAAAAGGGUUCUUGUAUAUUUCCCUUGUUUUCCCUUACUUAUUAAGUAUUCUAGUGUACAAUUCCAUAAUUUCCUUGCCAUUAGUGGUAAAUGGCACCGUUCUUUAAGCGUUUUUUUAAAUCUCAAACUUAAAAUGACAUUACCAAAUCAUUUUGUAAUAAUUGAGUUUGGUUCUAAAUGUCAGCUUUUCUGUAAAAGAUUUAGCUUCUUGAGAGUUUAGCUUCAUUUAAGACGUUUUGUGUGUUAGCGACAGUGGCAGUUGCUGUGGAAAAACAUAUAUUGUAUUUUUAGCUGUUGGAUAUUCCAUUACUGAGCUAUUUUAUGUGUUCAAGCCAAUUAUUACAAAUGAUCAGAACAGUGUCUAUAUUGUGAAAGCUGAAUGUAUUAAAUAGUUCUGUACUGUAGAUAGCAAAAACGAUUAAUUGUGUAUUACAAAACUUUAACAAGGUUCAAAAGUUUUUGACACAUUUUGAAAGAAAACCAGUAUGAGCAAUUAAAAUCUAACAGGAAUGUACAGAAAAGACCACUGCAAAUAGACUGCCGUGCUAUUAUUCCCGAAGGUCCUUUAAUAGCUGGAGACUCACGUACAUUUUCACGAUCUGUUUUUUUCACCAUAGGCAACCUACAAAACCCCAAUUACACAACAACAGAUAAGUGUGCUUGUAGUCAAGCACUGGAUAGCACGCAGCUACCGUUGUAUAAUAGCUUUAAGGACACGAAGUGUGUAGCAAUGUGUGUUGCUAUAGAGGCAACAGAGUCAGAAUGUCAAAACCAGAAUGUAUUCCACUUUAUUAUUUAGUGUAUCCUUAAGAUGUUAUUGUGCUUUUGGAACAAAAUGGAACAAAACAUAAUUUUGCUAAUUUUGGUGGUUCUAACACCAAAGUAAUGUUUGUAUUAUAUUUUGGCAAGUUGACUACUGGAAGUUUUGAUGGCGUCCAAGUGUCAUUUUCUUAAAGCAACCCAUGUCUUAAUUUUCUAUUUGUUUUUUUUUAACACAAGCUGCACAAAUGUGUGUAUUGUUGUGAUAGUUGUAGUAUAGAACAAUAAAAUAGUGUAUUAUU